AUGUAUACUUCAGCAGCAGCAGUGGUGAUGCUGACAGUGUGUGGAAACCUGGUGGUGAUCAUCUCUAUCUCUCACUUCAAGCAGCUCCACACACCAACCAACUUCCUCGUGCUCUCCCUGGCUGUGGCAGAUUUUCUAGUAGGAGCAGCUGUGAUGCCUUUCUGUUUAAUUUUAAUCAUAGAAACAUGUUGGUAUUUUGGUGACUUUUUUUGUAUGUUUUAUAACUUAUUUGUUUUUUUCCUCACAUCUGUUUCAAUUAAUAAUGUUGCAUGCAUAGCUAUUGACCGCUAUUUUGCUGUGUGUUACCCUUUACUUUAUUCUGCUAAAGUCACAGUUAAUAUAACAUCCUCUGUCAUAUCACUUAAUUGGCUGCUAUCACUACUCUGGGUAAUAAUUGAUUUAAUAUUUACAUUGAUAUUGCCUUGUUCUAUAAUGAUAACACUAUAUUUCAGGAUUUUCAUAGUUGCUCGAAAGCAUGCACAUGCAAUCAGCUCUGUUACAGAGCAGAUGUGUUCAGCAGAUGGAGGGAAUAAUAAAAUUUCCACAAAAUCUGAAUGGAAAGCUGCAAAAACAUUAGGAAUAUUAGUGAUUGUAUUUCUUCUCUGUUUGGUACCAUAUUACAUAUGCUGUCUUGUUCUUGAAAAUAAUGACCAGACCUCCUUAGUACUUCGUUUUCUAGGCUGGUUGUUAUAUUUUAAUUCUGCUAUAAAUCCUAUUAUUUACGCUUUGUUUUAUCCCUGGUUCCAGAAGUCAGUUAAGAUGAUUGUUACAUUGAAGAUAUUUGAAAUAGAAUCCUCCUUGAUAAAUGUGUUUUCUAAAGAGACCUAA